AUGGGUAAUAUUGUUUUACCAGAUAAUAAAAAUAAUAUAGAAUGCAUAUUAGAACCCAUUGGCAAUGAAAAUAGGGAAAAUAGUGAAAUUAAUAAUAGUUGUUAUCAGGAACAUAUACCAUGUUCCAUUGGCUUUUAUAUGAAAACAUCUUUUCCAUCGAGUUAUAAUGUUUAUAAUAGCUAUCGAGGGGAAGAUUGUAUUAAUUGGUUUAUGAAUGAAUUAGAUCUGAUAGCAACUUUAAUAUCAUCUGAUAUUGUAUCACCCGUCAAAAUGAAUUUGACGAGUGAUGAUCAUUUUAAUUUCAUUCAAGCCCGUACUUGUCACAUUUGUGAACAAGAGUUUGUUAAUGAUGAUAAAAAUAAUUAUAAAGUCAGAGAUCACUGUCACUUUACUGGACAGUACAGAGGGGCUGCACAUAAUAUGUGCAAUUUGAGAUAUGUGGAUGAUUUGUGUAUACCAAUAAUUUUUCAUAAUUUAUCGUCCUAUGAUUCUCACUUUCUGAUAAAAGAAAUUGUUGAUCUUUCUAAUAGAAUAUCUGUAGUACCAAAAAACAAAGAAAAAUAUACGGCAUUUACGGUAUUAGUCAACAAUUACUUAUUAAAACGUAAGAGCGUCUAUCCUUACGAUUAUAUAAGUAAUUUUGAUAAGUUUUUCGAGGAAAAGUUACCCGAAAAACAUUGCUUUUAUAAUAAAUUAAAUAAAAGCAACAUAAGUGACAACGAUUAUCUUCAUGCCCAGAAUGUAUGGAGAGAAUUUGAAAUAAGAAACUUGGGUGAUUAUUCUGAUCUUUAUUUAAAAACAGAUGUUCUACUUUUAGCUGAUAUUUUUGAGAAUUUUAGAGUUAGUUCUUUAAAUGCUCAUAAACUAGACCCCGCUCACUAUAUAACAAUUCCCUCCUAUACGUGGGAUGCGAUGCUGAAAUUUACAAAUGUCAAAUUAGAAUUAUUGACUGAUAUUGAUAUGUUACUAUUUAUUGAGCGGGGUAUUAGAGGUGGCUUGACACAAGUUAGUAAAAGACAUUCAAUCGCAAAUAAUCCAUAUUUACCUGAAUAUGAUUCAUCUGUUCCUAAUAAAUACUUAAUGUAUUGGGAUAUCAAUAAUCAAUAUGGUUAUGCAAUGUCUCAAUUUUUACCAACAGGCAAUUUUAAAUGGGUAAAAGAUAUUAAGAUUUUUACGGAAAAUUUCAUUACUUCAAUUCAAGAUGACUCACCUACAGGUUACUUUUUUGAAGUAGAUUUACAAUAUCCUAAAGAACUACAUGAUCUACAUUCAGAUAUUCCAUUCUGUUGUCAGUCCAUGACAAUAAAUAAUUCUAAUCAAAAGAAAUUAGUUGCUACCCUAUAUGACAAAGAAAAAUAUGUAAUUCAUUAUAGAGCAUUAAAGCAAGCAUUAUUAUUUGGUUUAAAAUUAAAGCAUAUACACGCUGUCCUUGAAUUCAGUCAAUCAGAUUUUAAUACAAAAUUACGAGCUGCAUCAACUAAUGAUUUUGAUAGUUCACGUUUUAAACUAUAUAAUAAUGGUUGUUAUGGAAAAUCAAUGGAGAAUACAAGAAAAUAUGCUCGAGUAAAACUAGCAACACAAUGGGGAGGGCGUUAUGGUGCUAAAUCAUUAAUAGCAUCACCAUAUUUUAAAAAUUGCACAAUCUUCAACGAAAAUUUGAUAGCGGUUGAAUUGAAUAAUGCCGAAAUAUACUAUAGUUUAAUAUAUGAAAUAUACUGUGAUGACAUAUAUAAUCAUAUAAAAAAUGAUUGCAUCAUGCGACUUGAUACAAGUGAUUAUCCAAAAAAUGAUAUUUGGAAUAUACCAUAUGUUAAUAAAAAAGUAUUAGGAAUGAUGAAAGAUGAACUCAAUGACAAAUUUGUACAACAGAAUUUAAUAAAAUCUGAAAAACAUAAUGUUAAGACUAUCACCCAAUCAAAAUUGGCGUUGAAUGCAUCAGAUGAUAAGUGA